AUGAAGCAGUUGGCGCAAAAUUACUGCUAUUGGUCCGGAAUUGACGCUGAUUUAGAACGUUUAGUAAAAUCCUGCGUUCAAUGUUCAGAAUACCAGAAACAACCAGCCAAGGUCAAAGUUCAUCACUGGGAAAUUCCUGAAAAUAAUUUUGAUCGAAUUCACAUCGAUUUCACCGGUCCCAGAAAAGGCUAUCAGUUUUUGAUUGUAGUCGAUGCAAAAUCAAAAUGGCCAGAAAUCAAGAUUUUCAACAAAGAUCCAACGUCGUUGUCAACUAUGCUCGCACUCGAAGAAUUAUUCACAGUUCACGGGUAUCCAAAAAUUCUACCGAUCAUGUGA